GUAAUCUUUUAGGCGGUACCGACCGAACUAGACCCGACAUUUUACCUGCUCAGGUAUACCUUUCAGUUCCAUUAAUUUUAUUCGAAGUGUUGUUUUUGUGCUACGGCGCAAAAAAAUUGUGCUUUAUCUACUUAUAUAUACUUUGCUAAAACGCAUUAGAAAUUAAAAUAAAUGCAGAUCUUCCUAUUAUUAACCGUAGUAUCGGUGGCGUUAGCCCUGCCACCGGUUAGUCCCAUCAAUUGCAUUAAAGGAUGCAAAUGUAAGGAUAUUCUUCCGAAUAUUCUAAGCGUAGUGGAUUGCGAGGGCGUUUUAACCAUAAAUUCCACUAUAUUUAGUCGUUUGGAUAGAAGAAUCAUAACUGUUAUGAGUUUUUCGAAUGUGAUAAUUGAUCACAUUACAGAAGAUGCCUUUAGACGUCUUCCUAAUCUUGAAGAUGUAAUUAUCAAAAAGGCGCAAAUAGGAUCUAUUGAUAGCAAAGCCUUUAAUAAUAUAAAAAAGGUUAAAUUUGCUGACUGUGGAUUUGAAGACAGCCCCAAUAUUACGUCGGAAAAGUUAGAAGAAGUUCAUUUUGGAAGUUGUAAAUUAGAUGUAAUACCACCUUUAGAUAACUUAUUUUCAUUAACGUUUUUAAAUUUAUCGGGAAAUUACAUUAAGAACAUUGAUAUUAUGAGUUUUACCGAACUAUUCGAUCUUGAGUCACUUAUCCUCUCAAACAACGAAAUCACUAGACUUCCUGCUAAUGUUUUCACUAAUAAUGAAGAACUAAGCAGUCUUUAUUUGGAUAAUAAUCCUCUUAAGGCAUUUUACUUAAAUACUACUAACAAACUAGAGACACUCUCUUUAAAAAAUUGUUACUUAAGCACCUUCGAUGAGAGAUCUUCAGAAAGAUUAACUAGUGUAAGCGACUUGAACUUAAGCAAUAACAAGAUCACUAACUUAUCAGCUAAAGAUUUGGCUCAUAUGAACCAGCUCACAGUGGUUGACUUGUCUUAUAAUAGUCUGAGGAACCUUGAUAAUGAUAUCUUUAGUGCCAAUCCUAAACUCCUCAAAGUGACUCUUGAUGGAAAUAAACUGCAAAAUUUGCCGAAUUUCACCCUAGCUCAUGAUGAGAAAUUUCAAAUUUACCAUUUCUCUUGCAAGGAUUGUGGACUGACUACUCUUCACCGGAACACCUUUAAAAAUAUGCCAGUCAUUAUGAGUUUAAACCUGGCUUACAACCACUUUACUUCUAUUGAGAACAUGUUUGCAGACAUUAAAAGUUUAAGAAUGCUGGACAUAUCUUACAAUAAAAUUAGUUCACUAUCACAAGCUUUUGAAAACAAUAGAAAUUUAGAAACUUUAAAUAUUGCUGGAAAUUCUUUCACAGCAUUAAACCCCAAUGACUUUUCUAACAACAAGGCUAUUGAGAAAAUUGAUGCCAGUAGGUGCAAGCUUAAAAAAUUAUGGUCAACAAAUGGCACAGUUCUAUAUUCUUUAAGAAAACUACUGCUCUCUGAAAAUGAACUUACAACUUUAAGCAUAGCAGAUUUUAAAAUAAUCCCUGGAUUGCAUGAUAUUGAUUUGCAUGGAAAUGCGUUGGAGUUCGAUGAUAAAGUUUGUUUGGUUAUUAAUUAUUUAGAAAGUUUGUCAAUAUACCCAACUAUUUAUACUAAGGGUACUGAGGGACCCUUAAGUGAUGAUAUUGACAACUUCUCAUCACACGGUUGGUAUGAGCUUCAUAAAGGAAAAUGUCCCGCAUAUAAUUCUAAUAAUGUUCAUGAGUUUGAUGACCAAGGAGAGUAUCUUGAAGAUGACAAAGAUGAAAGCUUUGACGCCUUUAAGAAACUAAAUGUUGAAAAUGAUGAUAAAGAAGACGACAAUGAGGAGGACGAUGAAGAAUAUGAUGAAAGUUAUGACUCCUAUAACGACUAUGAUAAAUAUGAGGAAAACAAUGAUCAUCCCGAAGUUGUCGAGAGAGAGAACAUAAAUCUUGCUAGGGUAUCAUAUAUUCUCUCAAUUACGUCUGUAUUUGUCUUGACUGCUUUAGCCGUAUUAAUAAUGGCGGUUGUAAUUACAUUAUGCAUUUUAAAAAGGAACAAUAAUUUCAACAUGCAAAAAGCAAACUUGCCCAGGUUUAAAAUUCCACUUUGGGAGAACCAGCUUACUCAAAAGAAGCAUAGCGGCUCAGUCUAUCGACCAUUAUCAGAGGACCUCUCUGGACCAAAAACACCAACAAUGAGCCGAUACGAAUUUGCCGAAGCUCCGACAGUACACUUGAGUGAUAAAUCUUAAAAUAAAUAUUCGUAUUUUGCACUCCGGAGUGUACUAAAUUGGUUAAAGAUUUAUUAACAUUUGGUUAUCAAAGUUAUUAUUUAUUAGGUUUUAGGCUGCUAGAUUAUCGAGUUUAGUACACCCCGUGAAGUCCAAAAAAUAUAAAAAUAGAGCGAUUGUAUGCGUCAUCAUCGUUUUAUAAGUCUGUUAUAGUGUUACUGUGGUUUAUUAAUAGUACAAUAAAUCUCUCAAAAAAAGCUGUUUUCGGAUAAUUAACUAAAAGAAAUGCUCCCUUAUAAAUCAAUCCAGGGUUAUGAAAAAAGCUUAACGGUAACUAUUGAGGGACCACCUCUUCUCCAAACUAUAUAGUUUUUUGAGCACUAUGAAAAAUUUGCAAAAACUUUUUUUUAACCUACAUGUAUUUCCUCAUUAAUGGAAUUUUUAUUAAAAUAAUUGUAGUUGUGAUGAGUGUUCACGGAGCAGGUUUCUCGCAAUGUUGCUUUAAGUUUUUCUCGAAAAACUAGUGAUUCAUAAAGAGAAAACAGAUCAUGUAUUUCAAGUUACUUUUCCCGACAAACAAAAAGAUUUAUUGUACUAUGAUACCCGGCUGAAAAUUAAUCUGAAGAAAUCUUAAAUAAUUUAUUAUUCGUAGCAUAUGUUAAUUCAUUGAUUAUUUCUAAGUAAUUUAUUUAAAUAGCGUAUGUUUAAAAUAAUAAAAUUAUUUAGUUAGACUUCUAGUGUCAUUCUACGGCUUCUCUAUGCACUGUUAAAGGUAUUUAGAUCCUAACUUUAAAGCGAUAUAGUAAUUAACCCUAGUAAUAUUACUAAUUUAUGCGAAUAACCAUUUAAUAUCAAUUAUUUGCAAUACGUUUUUAAUUAUUUUUAACUGGUCAUAGAUAAUGCCGUUAAAUUUAUUUGUUAAUAUAUUUAGACGUUGGCCCUGUAGAUUAUACAUAAUUAUAUCAUAUAUUAUUGACUAUAACAUUUAGUAAGUAUUCUAACUUUCAGACAUUAAGCACAGCUAGAUACAUUUUUUCUGUGAGGAUGGCCUCAAAGUCAGUCUGUUUUGGCUAAGAGGACAAUAACUACUACCUACACUUUGUAUGCCAUAAACCCGAUAGUGUGUACUUAAAUUAGUUGGGUUAAUACUGCUUUUCAUAUAUUUUUAACACAAUAAUUUAAUAGCAUAAUAAAGUUACGGUUUAAUUUAA